AUUAGACGUUCGCAUUGAUUCUCCUGAGAGUCCCCGUUUGCAGAUAUGUUCACUUGGUUCCGCAAAAGCGCGAACGUCACCCAGGAGCCUGUCUGGGAUGCGUCAACACUGACUAUGGACCAACCCUCUCGGUCUCGAGAUAUGGACUCCAACAUUGUUACAGAGCAACCUAAGCCUCAAUCUAUGCAGAUGCAACUCCGAGGUGGGGAGGGCGACGAUGGAUGUGGGUGUUGUGGGACUUGCUGCGGAGUAUGCGCGGCGCUGACCUGCUUCGAAUGCUGCUGUUAAAUGUGCCCUUUACUCAGCCAAAGUGUGCAAGACUAGUGUCCAACUCAGGUUCUCUCUUAAUGCAUGAAUAUUGUUAUCCAUACAUAAUUGUACAGUUAGAGGCUGAAAGACAGGAAUAUUUGAAUAUGGAGAGUUAUCGAAAUUGUUCUAUGGAAUGCCCGUGGUUCUACAAUACCUAUCAUCAGAU